AGAUUUAAUCUCUCAAGGUUGAUUUGGGAAGAUUAUUGUUAUGCCUUGUUUGUCGAGGAGAUUAUGCUUACAGUUUUACAAUGAGUCAGGGUCUAGAAACUCCAGUGGCUUUGGAACUAUUUUGCGAAAUGUUGGAAACGUUAAGUGAAAGACCAAUAAGUGGUAUUGUAUUGCUGCGUUGGUCUCGUUCGGAUAUAUUGUCUCUUAUGUUGAGCAUAAUGUCACUUAUUCUUAUAUCAUGUUCUGUUGCUUCAUACCGAUAUUCCUCCAGGUACUUUAUGUCCUAUAAACUAAAUUGUUUGACUGGUCUAAUAUUUCUAGCUACUCCUGGAUAUCGAUUGCUGGGGAUUUGCUCUUUGUCCUCUUGUCAAGUAGCCUUUUGUUCUUAACGUUCUUAACGCGUUAUAAAAGGAUGAUUUCAUCUUGUACAAAGUUUAAGACAUUCUUAAGAUCUUCCGUCACUUGUCUUAGUAAGUAUGUUGUUUCUAAUUGUUUGUAGGAAAUUUGAAGCCGAAUAUGCUUUCAUAUUCACCAUGUCUAAAUGGACUUUUAAAUGAGAUGGUUGGUUUGGAUACCCACCUUACUAUCCGAGAUGGAAAAAUCGUGGUCUUGCCUGCUGUUUUACUUGUUCCAGGUGAUGUUAUUAUUAUUAAACCAGGUCAGACAAUCUUCGCUUUCUGCAAACAAAUAAAUGAAAAUCACAUUUACUUUCCAGGUGAUGUUUAUGUCCCUCAGAAACUCAGUUGUAACCUGAUAUCCACCUCGUUUACAUCCAUUCAAAAAUCAGAUGAGUCUGUGGUAGCCGUUGUCAUCCAUUCUCCUUUGGCUUCUUACCUUGAUAUCGCUUCUAGAUCAAGAGUUGAAAAUGGUUAUACGUUUCAACCGCUUGCUUAUAAAGUUGUGAAUAGUGCAGUUUGGGUUUCUUUAAUUAUCAAGUGUUCUAUAACUUUCAUUUUUCUAACUUCAAUAUUUAUUUGCGCAUUACCUAUUGGUGAUCUUAGUCAUCAGUUUUAUCGCUUGCUAAUCUGGUUUGCCCAUACUCUUGGUAUUGUUAUUGCUUCUUCGAGCUUCUCAUUGUAUUUCAUAUGGAUGAUCGCCACUGCUGUUGUCACAUUCCACUUCCAGAAUGUUCUUUCUAAUUCUCAGGAUCAUUUUAAACUUAUUGAUGGCAAUGACUUCAAAUCUCCUCAUGUAUUUUUCCAACCCAACAUGUCUAAGGCUUCCAAAUCAAACAUGUUAACUUUUCACUCGCUUAUCUCCAAUCUUCGCUACUUUGGCUUCAUGUUUUACUUUCAGACGAACGUAGAUAUGGAAAAUAUUGUACUUACUUUGGGAACACUAAGUUCCGUGUGUUGUAUCAACCAAGAAGGUGUUAUAAGUCAGUCGUUACCAACUCCAGAGAAAAUGUUUUUCUUCCACAGACGCCAUCACAAUCAUCACCAUCAGGAGAGUUUUGGUACAAACAAGUCUCAAAAUGUCUAUAAAUCAAACUCAAAAGCGGAAGAACGUUUGGAUCAUCAAAAUUCUAAAUCAGGCCAACUGAACACGUCGGGUUUUCUGCGCACAAAAAAACAAUGUGUUGGACUUAAUCAAGGAGAACUUUACAAGACUCAAAGUCCCAUCCAAAAUCAGCUACCCACUAACUGUGAUCCUAAUGAUACACUUGGUUUUCAACGAAGUGCUGUGUUCCCACUGAGCAGUUGUAUUGCACCGGUAGUUCUAGACUUACGAACCGAUUUUUAUCGACCCUUUUUAUCGCAUUUCGAAAGGCCGCGCUGGGAUCGUUUCCUUUCAUCGCUUAAACCAAUCGGUUUAUCGAUUCUUCUCAACAAUUGUCACUCUGCUAUUGCGAAACAGAGAAUUGGCUUUUUUGAAAAAGUAAAUGCAACUCAAAAAUAUUUCGAUUCUUCGUCAUGUAUUACUGCACUGCCGCUUACUUUCUGUCUGUGUGGUCUUGCCAGUCAGAUAGGAUUUCGUGAUGGUGCCUUAAGUGGUUUUGGCACUCAUGGAUGCUUGGGUGCUUAUUCUAUUUGCUCAGCCGCAUAUACUUCUAAUUCUAACGCUACUGAUGUGAAAAGUAAAUUAUCUUCCGAAGAAAUCCUCCCGACAAAAGAAAAUACAAAUUAUGACCGAAUUCAUUUGGCUUAUUGCUUUAGCUCUGUCUUCUCUGAUCCAAAUAUCCAAAGUGGUUAUCAACUGCUCUCUCAAGGUACUGGUGAUAUUCUUGCUAGCUUGUGUUCUGAUGUUUGGGAUGGGCGGGAUAUCGUACCACUGUCACAUAGAGAACGUGAACUAAUCUUGGGGUUCCACAAUCGUCAUCUGUCGUCUGCAUACUGUAUUGGAUUCGCUUAUUCUCCGUUGGUUGAUAAAAUUGAGGAAUCUUAUCGACUGUUGUUGGGUAAUCUCCCUAGUUCGUCAGAUAUCUUCAUGCUUCGUUUACCAGGAUCUGAUGAUAUUUCACCAGUAAUACAGCGAAAGGUACUGGAACACCUGGUUUGCAGUCGAUCAUAUUCAAAUCGUUCUCUACUACCGCGUGUUACGAACAAUAUUAACAGUACCAGUCCCAUUUAUGACAGGAUUGUUCGUGAUAGUGAUAUUUCUAGAAGAUCUCAAGCUAUUUCAAAAUCCAGCAGACUACAUAAUUAUCGACUAAAAUUUAUAAAGAAUAUGAAAAACUUCGGUUUUAAUUCCUUCUCUAAAUAUUGGCAGCAUAGCGAUCGGAAAAAAGAAGGGUGUGAUAAAACGGAAGGAACGUAUUCAAAUGAUAAACUUCUAAAACAUUCACCGUCAAAGAGAAGUGAUAGAUUUUCUAGAAAACAUCGAAUUAACCAUAAUCGAAUAAGUAGUAAUUUUGGUGAGUAUGAUAGUAACUGUUUGGUUUUGAAUGAAUUUCCAAAUGCUAAUUUUGUUUCGGAAACUGAUCAUUGCAAAAGUAACGCUGAUAACUUGGAUCAUGAUAAGAAGAGUAAUGUACGUAUUGAUCAGAAAGAAGUGGACGUUAUACUGAACAAUCAAAUAUUCUUAGGUCUAAUAAGUAUGCAGUAUCAGGCAAAUCCUCAAGUUGUGAAGUCCAUUAAACAACUUCAUCAAGCUUGUAUACGAUUUGUACAUUUUUCUCGAGAAAAUGAACUUCGAAGUAGAGUGUUCGCUGAACGUUUGGGGUUAGAAUGUGGUUGGAAUUGUCAUAUAUCGCUUAAGAGUCCUAAUUCUGUUAGUAAUCGCAAAUCCGUUGGUCUGCCUAAAGAAUUCCGUAAAAGCUAUAAAUUUUCAUUUGGAACUGAUUUGUUCGUCACUGAAGGAAAAUACUUUGUUGGUUCUCAUCAGACUAAGCGAUGGUCAAGUUCUCCGGCACUAGCAACGUCAUAUUUUUCAAAAUUCGGGUCCACAUCUGAUCCACAGUUCUUUCAAUCUACUCCAUUUCCUGAGUAUUGUGAAGCAAACUGUUUGAAAUCAAUCUCUCCAUGUUUGAAUUCCCGACAAAUUGACUCUGACUUUGAAUCUUCGUGCUCUCAUGAUCAUAUUAACAAUAAUUUCGCUCAUGCUGUGUCUACCAGUUACCUUCAGCAGAUUCGUUCAAACGAAAUAGGUCCAAAGGAAUUAUUCGGUUCAUAUCACUUGUCCUCGUCAAGUAAUUCAACUAGUUCUGUAUCGCUCUCAGUAGAUGGACAAAGUGAUAAUUCUGAAGAAAUAAAAUUGUCGGAAUUGUUGGCCAGGAACAAGUCCCGACUUCCAUGUGGAAUCGAUAGCAUACGCCCACAUUUAGAAAAUGUCGAUAACGUUCCAUUACAAGUAUCAUUGUUUACUGAUUGUACACCUAAAGCUGUUAGCGAAAUGAUUCAAAUAAUGAAAGAAUAUGGGGAUACUGUUUGCUUAAUUGGAAGCUGUUAUUCAUUAACCAACUAUGUAUUGUUUCAACAAAGUGAUGUAGCUAUUGCUGUGAAACCUAUUCUACCCUACUCGAAUUGUCAAUUUGCAAAUACCAAGUACAUUGUCUCGAAUCAAUCUGUUGAUCGGUUAACAAGUGAUCUCCAGUCAGAAGAGUUUAGUUGUUCGAAAAAAAACCCGACUUCUACACAUCAGGAAAGUGAUACUACAAAUUUUAAUACAUUCGACAUUGCUGCACAUCUUGUACACUUAGUUACACCUUGUCUUUUGGAUAUAGAGAAAACAGGAUUUCAUGUUUACGAUCUUAUUGUUGAGGCUCACGCCAGUGUUAAUAACCUCUAUCAUUGUUUGGUGUUCAGUUCAACAACUCCGUUAGCAGUUGGUUUACUACAAUUACUACUAUUAAUAAUCGGGUUGCCUACACGACCUGUUGUUUUGCUAGAUGUGCGAUCAAAUCUUCAACAAGGCGAAUUAAUUUGGCUGCCUGUGGAACCAUUUCGAUCAGUUAUUUUUGGUUCAAGUGAAAUUUUUGGUAAUUUAAGCAAAACUGAUAAGCACACUAACAUUAAUUUGUUACACUAUAGUUCGGAUUGGAAUUUAGAACCAAGUCUUAGCACUGGUCAAUUAUUUUGGCUACUUUUCAUUGUCAUGCCAUCUUUAACAUUAUCUUUAAUUGAUAGGCGAGUGGAAAGAAACCAACCGUUACGUGAGCCACCGAUUAAGCGUAAUAAACUAUUUACUAAGAAGAGAUGCUUACGCUUUACUUUAGUGACUUGUUCUCGUUUCAUACCGUCACUGUUAAUUUGUCUAUUUUGCGAAAUCGGUCAUCUUUUAUGGGCUCAACAGCUUGAAGAUUGUCACCAAUCAUUUCACAGUAUUUAUACAAAUAAGUUUAAUGGAACAAAUCCCCUAAUUAACGAUUCCGAGGCAUAUGCUAAAACACUAUCAUCAUCUUAUGCCCUUCAAGAAUCAUGUCUAUCUAAAUUGUCUAUAUUAAUAUACAGUUUAAAGGAUUUAAUCUUCUAUCAGCUAAUCAUGUACCUAAUUGUUAUAUCAUUUUCUUAUGCAAAUUAUGGUCAAAGAGUAUGGAAAUUCCGGUAUUCUACAAAUCCUUCUUGGUGCAUUGUCUCUAGUCUAAUAUGCAUUCUUCAUUCGGUUUAUAUGAUCAUUCGCUUGUGCGUCGUUAAUUCUUCUUUAAGAUUAACAAGUUGGCACAUUUUAUCUCCAUUCAUAUCGGCAUUUGGUUUUAUCUGGUGCAUUUUGCUAUUUUUUAUUAAUGACUUUAUAUCAUGGAGAGAAAAUCGAGCUAUUAUGACAGAACAUCGCUUGUCUAGACUUUACUUCAAUACAAAGUUGGGUAUGUAUUCACCGGUUUGAAUCCACUGAAUUCUCGUCAUCUCUCGAACAAAAGGAAAUUUUUCAAUGGUUUUCCUUCCUUUUAUUUUUUUGUUUUAUAGUUGUGCCAAUAAACUUAUGAUUCAUAAUUAAACUUUAACUUUUACACUGUAAUCAAUGCACGCCUGACCGCAGCUACUACCUUGACGUGGUGGUCGGGCUUACCUAUCUUGAUGACCUAACCGAACUAUAUUGGCUGGAACAUAUGUUCCUGGAGGUUCUACCAUACCAGGCAGGUCGAUUGGAGAACGGUAAGACUAAAAGCAGCAACUCAAGGUCUGAGGGCGAAGUCGUACUGCUGACUGUAGAGGGGUGUGACAGCAAUAGUGUUUCCCUCGGGCAACCAGCAUCUGCAGCGAUGCUGCCUUCUCACAAGGAAGAAAGGGGUCACAAAAGGUCGACCGUAAAAAUGUCACACCUCACCUUACCUCACGGGUUUCCGUCUCCGGCGGUAAGGCCUUUUGAAGAACGGAGCUAACACAUUAAAAACCUCCCAUCGAAAGGCUGUGCGCGACCGGCCUCAAACAGCUGUCCCUUGGGCUCUGCGGUCACGCCCCCAGGUCGGUAAGACCGAUAUUAAUCCAACAUCCUUUUCAGGUUCCUUAAGAAAUACCCUUCCAUGGAGUGGGCAGCCGGGAAGUGACAUUAGCCCUCAUACCCGUAACAGCACAAGAGACCAAGUUGGUCACAUUCAAAUCCUUCCUACACCUCCUAAUACCUCUCUUAUCUCCAUGACUAACCCUCCUCACGUCUCUUUAUUACCUCGCACCGCCAGUGCAAACGAUUCGAGUACGCGGAACGUUAUUCCUGGUCUCCUGAAACCACGCUCUAAACUACAUGUUGAAGCUUUUAACGUCCGAACACUGAGCCAAAUAGGACAACAGGCUUCCUUAGCUAAGACUCUAGAAUCUCGCGCCAUCGAUGUGUGCUGCGUUUCCAAAACGCGGAUACAGGAUCCGAGUAGCGUCAUUCAUUUGACCUCACCAUGUCAAAAUAAAGAACCAACUCGACUCACACUUCGUGUAUCUGGAAGCCCAGAUGCUGCUUCUUGUGGCCUCGCCGGCGUAGGUAUAGCAUUGAGUCCUAGGCCAGAACUAGCUCUCUCAGACUGGAUCCCAGUAGACAGUCGUUUGUGCGCUCUCCGACUAAACGGGAUAGUAAGGACUCGGAAAGAUAGGGACACUCGUCGUUGCCUCUUCGUGGUCUCUGUCAAUUCUCUCACUGACUGCAGCUCAGAUAGUAUUAAAGAUGAAUUUUAUGGAGAGUUUUCCGACCUUCUACGAAAAGCUAGGCGUUCCGAUGUAGUGAUAGAGGCUGGUGACUUUAAUGCUCAAGCUGAUAAGAAGCCUACGCAAUGAUCUCAACAGUGGAGGGUAGCGAAAGCAAGGGAGAUGGAAAAGGCGGCGGUAAUAGCUAAUAGCAGACAAUUGUCCAGACUUGUUAAGGAAACCGGUAUUAGGAAUCCGACUGUUAGCGAAACAAUCUCAGAAGAAGAUGGACAUAUUAUACAUUCUCAAUCCAGGAUAGUGGAUCGAUGGGCAGAACACUUCAGGGAUCGGUUGAAUUGGCCUUCAGCCGCCACACUUCGAUCCGUCUAUCAACCAAAGGACGUGUUUACUGCGCAGCAGUUCGUUCCGUCCUACUUUAUGACAGUGAAACAUGGCCGUUAAGAGAAGGGGAUAUUUGUAUGUUACUGGUAUUCGAUCAUAGGUGUCUUUGAAUCAUUGCUCGUAUGUCAUGGGACCAUCGAGUAAGUGACACAGUUGUUAGGAAACGGGUACUAGGUAAGGAUGGCAAUUCGAUUGAUGAAGUGGUGAAACUUCAUCAGUUGAGAUGGCUGGGACACAUGUUACGUAUGCCCAAAGACCGACUGCCUCGAUGUGCGAUGUUCAAUGGUAUAGAAGUAGGUUGGAAGAAAGCUAGGGGUGGCCAGACCAAAAUAUGGUACAAAUCCAUGAAGUCACUGACAAGUGGACUGAGCCAUGUUGGUAUGUGUAGACUACCUGGUUGGGGACCGCGAGAUGAUGGCGACCGAUGGUUAGAGACCCUGGAUGACAUGGCUCAAAAUCGUUUCCAAUGGGUGCAAGUGCAUCCACUCUUUUUGUUCUCCUAAAUUCUAAUCUUCUGACUUCUCCCUGUCUCUUUUUUUCUCUUUCAAAAUUUAUUUCGCUAGAUUAUACUGACUGAAUAACAUCUCCAAACCCUAAUCUUUCCAAUUACUGCUUAUACUCUUACUAGUUGUGUUGUAAUGAAAGUAAAGUAUGAUUUGCCGUUGAGUGUGCACAAAAAGCCGCAGCUUAUGCACUAUUAAAUGUGUGAAUUUCCAUUUUU